GGGAAAACAGCCACCUGCUUGGAUGCUGGAGGUGAGAGUGAGGAGUAGAGCACCACGCCACGUUUGCAAAGCUGAGCAUGUCUUGUAUCCCCUUUCCAUCCUUCCUUCCUUCCCUCCUGCCACGAUGAUAAGCCUGAUGAACCGAGGCCUGGAGUCUGCUGCAGUCCUUCCUGCGGUCACCAGCUGGGUGAAGCCAGGGGUGUGGGCUGGCACCGGGCACCUCCCCUCCCCACCAGUGCCAGGAGGUGCAGGCCUUCCUUAACCUCCUAGAGGACAGCUACCUGCAGCAAUUCUUUGCCACCGAUCUAUGCUUUCAAAUCUCUGAUAAGUAUCUCUUGGCAAUGGCCCUGAUUUAUUUCCAAAGAGCUGGCCUGCAGCUCAGUGAAUAUACCCACAGCAACCUCUUCUUAGCCCUGUAUCUAGCCAAUGACAUGGAGGAAGACAGAGAGGACCCCAAGUAUGAGAUUUUGCCCUGGGCCCUAGGCCGGGGCUGGCGGAAGCUUGUGCCCAGCUUUCUCCGUCGGAGGGACCAGUUGUGGGCCCGGAUGGGCUACCGGGCAGCUGUGAGCCGGCACUGUUGUGAAGAGGUCAUGGCGAAAGAACCAUCCCAUUGGGCCUGGACCAGGGAACGGCCUGCACACCAUGGGGGGGCUCAUCGAGGCUCCCCCCAGGGGGACCGGAGCUGUUCUGCCAUCAUGUCCCAUGUCUCAAAUCUCUCUCCACUGGGCUGCUCUGUCUGCGGCUGCUGGGUCCGGUGGGGCCAUUCUCCGUUUCCUCCCAAACAGCCAUCCCCCAAACAGAACUCCCUUAAACAGCGGCCCCCCCAGCAGCACUCCCCCAAACAGCCUCCUCCAACUCGGUCCCUUCCCGCUCUUUCGUUGGCCCCUUGGCCCAGAAACUUUUUCCUCAUUCUUCCCCCAAUGCUGCAGCUAGAACCUGGGACCUACACUCUGCAGAGUGAGUGUGGAGAAGAAGGAAGAGGGAAGGGGUGGUGUGUGUGGUUUUGUUUUUGAGGGGUCUUGGGAUCGAGGGUAACUGCCUGUCCACAGGAAACAGAGGUUUGGGAAAGAGAAAAGCGGGGAGGAUUUGAGGUGUGCAGGUAUUAGCCUCAGAGGCUUUAGCGGCUCUCUGCUGCCUCUAGGAUGCUGUACCUGUCUCGGAUUCAAAACUUUUCCCACUUUGGAUCCUGGGAUCUUUCGGGAAUGAAUGUUCCCUCAUCAACUCUGCUCUUGCUCACUUGUAUAUACAGUGUUUCUCCUCUUCAUUGAGGAUGUCUGCCUUUGGAAUGCACACUUCCCUUUGUAGGACCCCUACUACCUUCAAGUGUUCCCUCCUUCUGGAGGCUGGUCCCUCUCUGUUUUACGAAGAUAUACAUACCUGGGUCAAUAGACUGACUGUUUACUUCUUGGAGGCAGGAGCUAUUUCCUCCCCAUAUUUAUCUCUGUAUCCCCAGUGCCUGGCACAUAGAUGUGUUUAGCAAAUGCUAAUUAAAUUUAGAGUGGGAAGGGAGAGUGGCAGAGCUAAUCCUCCCCUUGUUUGUAGCUCUUCCUUGGUGGGGCCAUCUCCUGACUAUCUCCUCUUCCCACAGUCUUGCCAGAGCUGGCUGCUGCUGCCUCCCCUGCUUCCUGGCAGUCAGUAGAAUGAAGAGCAGUCAGGACCAGCCUGCUGGCCCCUCUCUGCAGUUGCCCCUGUGUGGGGUGACUGCCCUCCCUGGCUCGGCCUGGCAUCACUGCUGCCCUCCUCUUCCCUUCUCCCCUUCAGCCUCCUAGUGAUUAAGCAUCAGCCUUCCUUGCUGUAUAACUC